AUGAUCAAGGAUCCAGAAAACGUGCCUAAACAUACAGCGCUGGCUCCUGGAAAUGUAGCCAUUUCAGGAGAAGUGGAUCAAAUCGAUGCGCUGAAGAAGGUCCUUGAUCUCAAGAUUCCAUAUUUGCUCGAAAAAAAUUGCAAUCUUUCCCCCGGCGAUGUUCCGGAAUCUGCCACCAUGGUGUCUUUGGUCACUGGAAGAACUGUCUCAACGGAGGACUUGUGCAAAAGUGAGUCCUGGGCGCAAAACAUGGAAUGCCCAGCAAGAUUCUCAGAAGCAUUAACACAGAUUGUCCAGAACAGCGAGCUCGGAAAAUCGGAGAGUGAUGGAGAAAGCGUGCUCAUCGGUGAUCUCCUUGAACUCGGACCGCAUUCAACACUCCAAUGGCCAAUUGAAGACACGUUGAAAUCAAUUAUCGACGGCGAUAAGGUCUCCUACACCUCAGUCCUGGUUAGGUUCGCUCCAGCACUUCAAAGUACACUUCAAGCACUUAGUCGACUACAUUGCCUUGGCUGCAGUGUUCGCAUUGCCAACAUCAACGAGCAUGAGGGGAAGCUUUACAAAUCCCUGCAUAAUCUACCUGAAUAUCUAGUUGAUCUCGUUGUUCAGAAAAGAUAUUUAUGCCUCGAACAAAGAUGA